GAAUCACAGGACAUCAGUCAAGUUAAGAUCAUCAAGAAGAAAGCAUCAUGGAAACCUAUCGCCAUAAGAAAUUUGAUUUUCAACGCUCUGCUAAGAAAGAAGAGAAGAUCGAAAUACCAUCACCUUGUACCACUCCAUUGGAACUAGAUGAUUCGAGUAGUUGCAGUGACUUUGGUGUCUUCUACGAGCCCCGUGUCAAACGUCGUCGUCUCAAUAGCUCCAUCUGUGAGUCCAUCGAAUCGGAAUCUACCACAUCGUCCACACUAUCGACCAUAAGUCCUGCCACAAUGCGUGACAUCUGCAAAUAUCAUGGCAACAUGGUACGGAAAUUUCCCAAAAAAGAGCGUACACCCAAGGAUCAAGAGAGACGGGAUAAAAAUACGAUUGCCUGUCGUAUGAGUCGGCGUGUAAAGAAACUGGAGCAUUUGGCCAUCGAGGAGCAGUACAAGGAAUUCACCAGUCAGCACAUGAAGAUUGUGGAGCAGAGUAUGCGAGCCACCGUCUACUUGAACUAUCUCAACCAACUGGCCGAGAAACAGGGGAAUCAAUCAAAAAAUGGAAGUUCCCCGCUGCCCGUUUCUGGCAAGAAUUUUAGCAUAGAUUACUUAAUUGGUAGCAAAAAGAGGGAAACCGUUUACGGAAUUUAGUUUAAGACUUUGAUUUAAGUUGUAUAUUUAUCACUGUGUGACUAGAAAUAUAUAUAAGGUUA